AAUGGAGUGGAACACUCGCCCUCCAGCUGGCAGAAGAAGCCAAUGGGAUGAAAAGAUUCCGCCUCCGGGGUGGUGGCGGAGCCAGCGGAGUGAACGGCACCACCCUCUGGGCUAAAGGGCAGCGAGCGGCCCAGAAGCGCGACCAAUGGGAUGGUAGGGCUAGCUCGCGGCGGCUGGCGGAGCCAAUGGCUGCCGCUCACUGGCUCCCGGGCGGACCCACUUCGGGCUGGCGGCGGGGCCCGCGUACUGGGGUUCGGAGAAAGGUCCGAGGAGCUGCAGGUGUGACUGAUGGAAAUGAAGUGGCCAAGGCUCAGCAGACAGCUCCUAAGAGAGCAGCCCCAACGGUCUUCUCCCGGAUCCUGGAUCGAAGCCUCCCAGCUGAUAUUCUAUAUGAGGACCAGCAGUGUCUUGUAUUCCGUGAUGUGGCGCCUCAAGCUCCUGUGCACUUCCUUGUCAUUCCUAAGAAGCCCAUUCCUCGGAUUAGCCAGGCUGAAGAAGAGGACCAGCAGCUUCUAGGACACCUUCUCCUUGUGGCCAAGAAGACAGCAAAGGCUGAGGGCCUGGGAGAUGGAUACCGACUUGUGAUAAAUGAUGGGAAGCUGGGUGCACAGUCUGUGUAUCAUCUGCACAUUCACGUACUUGGGGGUCGACAGCUCCAGUGGCCUCCAGGUUGAACCUACCAACUGACCAAGAACCCCAGACCUGGAUGCUUGGAGUGUGGGGGGGAAUGAACCCUAUGAUGCUAAUAAACUUGAUCUCCCUCGA